UUCGCAGCAGAGAAGUUGAAGUUGAAAUCAUUCGUUUGUGAGUUCCUCGUUAUGUUCAUAACAUCAAAUUUGUCAUCGUUUGGCAGUGUAUCGUCAAUUAUACGUACUAUUUGUGGAUAAAACAAUCGCCCAAUGGAGCACGGCAAUGAAUUUACGCUGGAGGCGUUGGAAACGCUAGAACCACUGGUGAAUCCCGUCCGCCAGUAUCGCAAUCGUUCGAAGAAGCAGCAGAAGCAACAACACAACAACGAGGAAGAGAGCGGCGCCCACGAAUACGAUGAUGGUGGUAGUUGUAAGAGCGGCGAAGAUAAAAUUGCGGACGUGUUGUCGAAAAUCGCUAGUCUGCAGAAAGCCAGCGACGGCAACGUAGAUCGCACCAAGCUGAUUCGGACGUACAACGUGAAGCUCCGCCUGAAGAAGACCUCGCUGUACAAAUGUUUCGACUGCGACAGUUGCUUCACCAAUGCGGAGUUCCUGGAGAUGCACGAGAAGUCACACGCCGCCCCGGCGGGACUGGACCCGUCCGGUUCGCGGCAGGACAUCGAUCUGAGCCAGGAGCCGGCGGGUAACGAGUCGGAUAUGAACGUUAAGCAGCACAACGCUUGGUUCGCUGGCGAUUUCUACGAUCCCAGGGAGGAAGAUGACGACGGGAUCAUACAGUUGGAUUGCACCGUGGAGGAGCGGGAGGAUAAUUUCGACAUCAUAUUCGAUAGGGCCAAGUGCGAGAAAACGUACACGGUGAAGUAUAAGGUGGAGAAGCAACCGGUGGGUAAGUGCGAGUGCUGCGAGAAGUUGUUCUAUACGGUUGAGGCACUUGAGCUGCACAAAAUGGAGCACGAACGGGCGAUGGAUUUCGAUGCGAUCGAGCCGAGAAUAAAUAUUGCCUCGCCCAAGAUAGAGGAAAGCACGCUGCGAAUGGAUGAGAGCUUUUAUCAGGCACUAUCGGAGAUGGAUGCAAGUGAUACCUUGGAAGUGAAUGAGAGCACCGGUGACAUCAAACUCAGCCCCACCUCGAAUGGGGUUUCCUUCGAGUACAGAAUAGUGCCUCGGCGGGUAUCAAAUGGAGGCUCCGUUUGUUCGCCUCCCAAUGUCACCAAGCGGCACAAUUCACCCGUAGAGACGUCGAUUGAAGGAAAGUUCCACUGUGAAAUUUGUUUGAAGCGAUUUCGCUUCCGGCCGGCGCUUACCGUGCACUUGCGCACCCACGAUAACAAUCGUCCGUUUCCGUGUCGGGAAUGCAACAGGAGAUUCAUUUCGAGGGCAAAGCUAUUUCUGCAUUCGUACGGCCACACCAGAAACAGGAGAGAACAUCUGGAAUGCGAUAGUUGCGGAGAGAGGUUCAGCAAACCCCGGCAGCUGCUGGAACAUGUGCAGCGGGCACACAAGGGAACGCAGCAGCAGCAGCGGAUGGAGCCGGCCGGAGUGAUCAGCAGGCCAGUAGAAUAGUCGAGGUUUCGAUUUUGGAAAUCUUCAAAUGAUGUACAUCCGUUAAUUAGUAUUGCGUGUAAGUAGCGAAUGUUUUGUUUUGAUAUUAUUUUGUAAUUCUCUCUUAGAAAGAGGUUUUAGUUUGUAGGCUUGUGUUGAGAGAUGUGAACAGUGAUAAAAUAGCAAUAAGAUUAGACAGGAAAAAAAACUAUCUGCGAAGGGAUACUGAGAUACUGGACAUGAGAUUGUCAUUUGCGUUGGAUAUAUAUUAUAGAUUACUCCGUUUCUAGCAAAUGUGCAAAAAGUGGAUAGUUUUUUCUCGUAGAAUACCGAGCCCUGUAUGCGUCGUUUUUCUCAUGAUCAAAAUUACGUUGUAAUGAAUUUUCUUCGCGGUGAAACAACAACUCAUCAUUUCGCUAUUUCCCAUGUUGUGACAGAGGCGAAUGAACUGCAAAGUUUAAAGCCUCCUCAAAACAAAGAACCAACCAACCAACCAUGUUGCGAUACACAUGAGAACAUUCCUAGGUUGAUGCUUCAUUUUCCCUAGCGUAAUCGAGUCCUAACCUAUGCAACAAUGUGAAAGGCAGCGGAAAGUUUUUUCGCUUUCCCUUUCUGAUAACCAACACGGCUCAACGAUUAUCUGCAUCCCGACAGUGUGGAAAACUUAGUUUCGUUUCUGUUUUCCACUCCCACACAAUUCGUUAAUGCCUCAUCGUAUUCUAAGCAAGCAAGUGCAUCAUAAAAUUAUGCGUGUUGUGUUCUUCUCGCUUGGGUCUUAUUCGUUUUGAGUCGCUGAACGAAUCAUCUUGCAUAGGCUUAUCUCGCCAAACAAAACGGAAAAAGAAAUAUGGGAAUGACUUAUCAUUUGGUUUCUCUUCGAUUGGUUCUGUUUCGUUUUUAUAAUUAAUGCGGGAUCGUUAACGGGCGAUUGUUAAUGAGGAAUUCAACUUCGGUUAGUAUGGUUCUAAGUUCAUACUCUGGUAUGGCUUCUUGUUUAUGAGGUAAAAGGCUUUUAACUUCUCUCACCAUUCGUUCCCAUACUCCACCAAAAUGCGGUAAAGCGGGAGGAUUAAAAUGCCAUUUGACCCCGUCGUCUGAUAGCCUUCUAAGAAUUUUCUCAAAUUCGUUUCUUGCUCCAAUGAAAUUAGUUCCAUUGUCGCUGAACAACUCUUGCACUUUACCUCUACGAUAUUGUAGAUUUCGGAAACAUAUAAUAAAGGAAUCUGAGCAGCUUUGCUUUAUAUGGUGAGUCAUUUUUUGUGAGAGGAGUGGUUUAUUGGAACGCGCAACCCAUGGAACUUAAACGAAUACAGUCGGAAACAUUGUACAAAAAGGCUGCACUAGAUUAUUUCAACAGAGAUUAGGUUAAUAAACCUUUAAAAAUAAUAAUGUUUGCUAGAACUUAUGUAAAUGCUUUGUAAAAAUCGUUAUUGACAGAAAAAAGACUUUGUCUUACGUCAUGUGAAACAUUUAAAUAAAUAAAAUAAAAAAAUAUCUUGUGCUAGUUCGAGAUGUACUGCUCUUGUUGUCAGACAAGUAAACAAACAUCCCCAACGUUUUUCAGUGCGUCUUCCAAUAGACACGCCAUAAGGGCCGAAAUAAUCUGUGCCUGUAUAUGUGAAUGGCUUACAAUAUGGUAUAGUUCUAGAAGGUGGUAGGGCU